UCCCAUCGUCCCUGACAAUCUUCUCACAAAAUAGCUCUUCUGACAUCGUCUGAGAACAUCAUCCAGUAAGAAGCAGAAGCAGCUCGAGCGACUAAGAUGCUUGGCCUAGGAGGCUGUCCGCGACUCUGCACAUUGCACAACACCACUUCUUCUCUCCUAUCCCAAAGCAAAACCCUCCAAUCCUACCAAACCUACCAACCACUUCUCCCUUUUCUCUCAGUAAAUGCAUCUUCGACUGCUUCAUUUCUCUCUUCAAUUCAUCGAUUAAGAGAACCUCAAUUGGGCUUUCGUGUUGUUCUUGGUCGAGAGCGAAUUGGGUUUUGUGUUUCUGCUCGCAAGCGAAGAAACGGUGACGGUACCCCAUUAGAUGAGGAUGGUAUUGGUGAUGAUGGGGACGAGUCCGAUGAUGAAGAUGCAUUUAUAGCUUUCCCUGAUAUGAUGAGGUGGUUUAAUAACAAGCCAACUGGAUUUGGUGAAGGUAAAGUGUAUGAUACUCAUAUUGAGGACAAGUUGCUUGAAGAAAUAAAGCAGAGCAGAGUGGCUCAGCUGGCCAAUAUCGAUAAGCUUAAGAAGAAUCCUGUGAACCCCAAUUCCGAGAAAGCUAACAAUAAAGGACAGAAAGCACCUGAACCUGUUGCAAAUGCAUUUCGUGUACGUGUGGCGAACCUUCCUAAGAAAAAGAACAUCCAUAGAGAUCUGCAGUUGGCUUUUAAAGGAGUUCCUGGUAUAGUUAAUAUAAUCCCUGCAGUCUCUGGAAAUAAGAAGACUAGGGAUCCUGUUUAAGGCUUUGCUUUUGUUGAUCUCAAGACUGAGGACGACGUAAAUAGGUUUGUACGUAUGUUUUCCGAACAAAAUAUAACUUUUGGUAAGAUUCAGAAGCAGAUAAAAUGUGAAAUAACGAAUUCAGGCUCUCCCAAUGUUACUUAUGAGCAAUCAGCAGAUGUAUGGGAGGAAACUGCCUCAGAGAAGUCUGAUGGUCCAGAUGAUUUAGAAGGGGACAUGGCUUCUGAUUUCGACAUGGAUAUUACUUCCUUGGAUACAUGGCAGGAAACCGCCUCUGAUGAAUCUAAUGCCCUGGAUGAUGAGCAGCAGAUAACAGUGGGAAGGGAAGAUGUGAGAGAGAAUUUGGAAUCUUUCAGUAUUUCAGAGAUGGAUGGUGAUGAUAGAUUGGAACCAAGUAUAGAGUCUGCAAGUGAUUCAUUAUCCUCAAAGCAGCUAGAGGAAAUCUGGGCACUUGAGAAUAAACCACUUGGUAAACAAGGGGACAAGGUUCUGAAGUUGAAGGUUCAAGCAUCAGAGCUUAAUGAUGGUGAUAUUACUGAUCAAAGAGUAGGGGCUGCUGUUGAUUCAUCAUCCUCCAAGCCAUUAGAGAAUAUCCAGGCACUUGAGAGAAGGUUACUUGCCAGAGGAAAAGAAUGGAAGGUUUCAAAGUUAAAUAUUCAUGCAGCUGAGCAGAAUUUUGGUGAUAGCAUGGACCCUAGACAGCAGCCUAUAGCUGAUUCAUUGCCCUCAAAGCAGCUAGAGAGUAUCGAGGAACUUGAGAGAAGGCCGCUUGCCAGAGGGAAAUGGGGGACGGUUCCAAAGUCGAAGAUUCCAACAUCAGAGCUGAAUGGUGAUGAUAGGAGGGAAACGAGAGAUGAGCCUACAACCAAUUCAGUAUCCUCAAAGCAGCAGAAGAAAAAGAAGAAACUAGAGAAAAAGCAAAUUGCCCAAAAAAACCAAGAGAAGGCUCCAGUGUUGAAACUUCCAGGAUCUGCAAAUAGGUUAAGGAUCAAGGAGAAAGUUGUGCUAACUGAUGUGUUCUCCAAGUAUGGAGUAAAAGCUGCAAACACUACAAAACAACAGGGCUAAACAGUGUGGACUCAAAUCAUUUGAGAUCAACUGAGAUGAAGGACCAUUAUUGCAAACUUAAGUGUAAACUGCUUGAUCAUGAAGGCAAAUGUUGUUCCUUUUUGUGUAAGCUGUUACCACUCCUGCGAAUUUCUAGACAAUUUCAGUGAACAAAAGACUUCUAAUCACCGAAUUUUGUAAAGCAACCUAGCAAAAUUCCAUUUUAUUUACUCUUUUUCUUUUCCAGGAUGUUGUAUGAGUUCUGUUUUGGCCUAUUAAAAAAUGGAGAAGCGCCUGUA